GUUGCAACUACUAGUCAAAAUAUUAUGGAGUAGUAAGGCAGGCACCUAACAAAAUUCAACAUCAUAUUCAUAUCCAUCAAAUUCCCAAAUUUUACCUCCAUUCAAUUUCCUCUCCCCCAAACCGCCGCCGCAAUCAAUGUCUACCACCGCCGCACGUCUCCUCUUAAUCCUCUCUCUCCUCUCGGCCACCGCCGCGGCCGAUCCGCCCUCUGUCUACGACCUGCUCCAGUCCUACGGAUUCCCCGCCGGCCUCCUGCCCCAGGGCGUCACGAGCUACGAGCUCGACACCGCCACCGGCAAAUUCUCGGUGCUUAUAGGCGGCAGCUGCAGCUACUCAGUCAACGGUUAUGAUCUCAACUACAAGAGCACCAUUACUGGCACCAUCGCGAAGAAUAAGAUCACCGAUUUGAACGGGAUCCAGGUGAAAAUUCUGUUUUUCUGGAUCAACAUAAUCGAGGUGACCAGCAACGGCGAUGAAUUGCAGCUGUCCGUCGGAAUCGCGUCGGCUAGUUUCCCCGUGGAUAAUUUCUUCGAGUGCCCGCAGUGUGGCUGUGGAUUUGACUGUGGAUUUGGCUUGCUGAGGAGGAUUCUGCCGAUCGUGCAGUAUGAUUAGCGGCGGCGAUUUCGGAGCUCCGACGAUCAGCAGCUCAUUUGUUUUUUGGUGAGCAAUUGAUGCAUUUAGCUACUUAUGAUGUUAACUUCCACUUUUGAAUUCCAAAGAAUUAAACAGACGCUUUAGGAUUCCCGAUUUGUCUCUUAUGAAAUGCCCCAAUGCAACUGAUCUUACUGUU